UUCUUUACAGAUACUCUGAUCUCCAUCUGAUUACGCCACUUGCUUUUGGAUAUUCCGGAAAUCGUUACUGAUUUCUGCCCCUGACAACAACCACCACUGUGUUCAUCAACUGUGAAGAAGUGUGUUUGUCACCUACAACAAGCUUUCGGCGACUGGCUACCCCGAGGAUUAUUUCUCCGAGAUUUCUUGAUUUUUCUGAAGAUUGUUUUGGAUUUACUUCACCUGUGUGGAUAACCGGAUAACCGGAUAACCGAAACUCGCCAGGAUGGGAAAGGGAAUGUCGCAGCUGUCCAAGGAGGACUUGAGGUUUCUGCAGGAGAACACCAACUUCAACAAGGACGAGAUCAAACAGUGGUAUAAGGGCUUUAUG